CGCUGGGUACCACGGGGCGCCAUGGCCGGCGCGCUGCGGGUGCUGGUGGACAUGGACGGCGUCGUGGCCGACUUCGAGGGCGCGGUGCUGCGGGGCUUCAGCGCCCGCUUCCCCACGGAGCCACGCGUGGAGCUGGAGGCGAGGAGCGGCUUCUCGGUGCGGGAGCAGUACCGCGGCCUGCGCCGGGACCUGGCGGCUAAGGUAGCCAGUGUCUAUGAAUCACCUGGCUUCUUUCUAGGGUUGGAUCCUGUUCCAGGAGCCCUGGAAGCUCUGCAGGAGAUGAUCCGCAUGCAGGACACUGAAGUCUUUAUUUGCACAAGUCCUCUCCGGAAUUACGAGCACUGCGUCCUGGAAAAGUAUAAGUGGGUAGAGAAACAUCUGGGACCCGAGUUUGUGGAGCGGAUUAUUCUAACCCGAGAUAAGACCAUCGUGUCUGCGGACUUGCUGUUUGACGACAAGGACACCAUUACAGGCGCAGAGCCGAACCCGAGCUGGGAGCACAUCCUCUUUACCUGCUGCCACAACAGGCACAUCCAGCUGCAGGCCCCCCGCAGGCGCCUGCUGUCCUGGGCAGAUGACUGGAGGGGCAUCUUGGAAAGCAAGCGCAGGCAGUAGUGCACAGAGGGGGUGCUCUUCCCACUGCGCAUCCGUGGGCAGGGAAUCCCAUUCCCAGGAGGCAGUGAGCGUCCCCAUCCAGGCAGAGGCACUCGGGGAGCAGUUACAAGAGCUGCCUUUGUUAGACAGGCUGCUGCUGCUCCACGUGUCUGGAAGAUUGCUUUGCAGUUAUGUCUGUAGAGGUUGGGGUGUUUGUUGCUGGUGAAACGGUAAAAUACAAGCAGCCGUGGGUUGUA